AUGAACCAUGUAGUGACUAUCGAGGAGCCCCAGGCCAACCCGCAGGUGUCUCAAACCCGGUGCGGGGUGAAGUCGGGGACCUGGGGCAACGUCUCCUCCAGUCGACCAUAUGAUUUUCUGUACGACCCAUUGUUUAUUGUGUCAAGUGAGAAAGACCACACACAGGCAAAUAUCCAAGCUAACCUGAUUCGAAACAGACUGAGAAAAGUUCCCAGGUUUAGAACCAUGUUCAGUAACCUGAUUCAUUAUCCAAGAUAUUCUCUGUAUUGGAGCAAGGCAGACCCUGUCCCACCAUUCAUCCGUCAGGAAUGGAAGAGACAUGAGGAGAAACACAGAGAAGCCCUCUGGCACCUUGCCAUAACAGAUACAUCUUUUCAGAUGGCCAAAGAGGUUUAUGCAGAUCCUGAAGUAACUGGAAAGAAUCGCUAUAAAUACUUUGAAAGGCCUUUCCUUCCAUUUCAUCAACAGAUGCCACUUAAUGUCGUUUUUGCAGUAACCAAGACAGAGCCAUAUACUUUUCCUACUACUUCUGCUAAGUACCCAUCUAUCCCUUCAAAGUGUACUGUGGGCACUCAGACUGAUUAUCGGGAUGCUGAAGUUCAAACAGAUCCAUAUUCUCCAGAAUAUGUAGUAUGUCAGGAGUCAAUCCCUGAGCUCUUGACCCUGGCUACUCUUACUUGGGGUCGAGGGCUCCCAGCAGGACAAGCUGAAGUUGAGAUGAUAGAACGUGCCCGGGAGAAGCGUGCUUGGGAAGCCACUCUUCCCUGUCUGAGUGACACCUCCCAGUUUGAGAAGAGAAGGAGGAUGAUGAAUGCGAUGGAGAGGAAGGAAUGGGCCUUCAGAGAGCAGGAGAUUGAAAAACUGCAGGAGAUUCGCCUGGAAGUCCUAAAAGAGCUGCUGAAGAAGCGUGAUGAGAAUCAAAAUGAAGUGAACAUGAAGCAUUUGAAUGCCCAGUGGUCUAAACUGCAGGAAGCAAAGGAGGCAAAACUGGCACAGAUUCAGCACAGACAUGUAUCAGCAAUCAGGAAACUUGUGGGAAAGGGAAAGAAUAUAGAAGGGAAGUUGGAGAGAAGAAAUAUCAUCAAGGAUUAUUCUGACUAUGCAUCCCAGGUCUAUGGGCCUUUGUCUCGCCUUGGUCGUUUCCCUGAUAACAACUCAGAGGACUUUGUAGUAAAAAACCACUAUCUCAACACCUAUGAAGGAUUAGUUGAACUUGAGUCAUGUCUCCCAGAUUUUGUGACACAACCCCGAAUCAGACCUCCAAAGCCAAAAGUCACUACCACGAAAGCUGGUUUUCUCAAGAGGGCAGCAAGAAUGGAACAUGAGUUGGCAGAGGUUCAUAAGGCAAUAUUGGAUAAGAAGAAUAAAGUUCUUGAACCAAAGAAACUUCUGCGCUUUCUUCAAAGAAAGUCACUACCUCAACCUCGCCUUCCAACUCCAACUUUGGAAAUGAGUUCCAUUGAAGAAGAAGAUAUAGAGAUGGCUGUGAUCUACCUUCAAAAGUUACUCCGGGGAAGAGUCGUUCAGAACACGAUGUUUGAAGGCAAGGAAAAGCGACUGGAGUUGAUCCAGGAGCUGCGCACCAGCCAUGCGCUACAAGAAGAUGACAGGCUGCUGAAGAAAGCUGAGAAGCAAGUGACCCUGGCCUUACAGCGACAGAGGAACUUGCAUGAGCACAAGGUGUCACUGGUUGAAAACCAUUUGGCUGGACUGGAAGGAAGGGUUCUGGCAGACAUGUUUGACUUCCUGUCCAAAGAGCUGGUGAGACUACAGGAAGAGAGGAGGAUCCAUGCUUUUGCCAUGCUGGCCGAGCGGCAGCGGAGGAUGCGAGAAGCUGAGGAGAGUGGUCGGCGCCAAGUGGAGCAAAGGCGCCUGCGGGAGGAGGACCAGAUAUUUAAGGAGGUGGUUAAAGUUCACCAAAGUACUGUAACUUCCUAUCUGGAAGACAUAAUACUGAAUACCGAAGAGAAUACUGCAGAAGAACAAGCCAGGGCAGAAAUUGAGAAGAUGGCUGAGGAAAUCAAUGACAUUGCUUAUGAAAUGGAGAGCCGUCGAACUCAGCUUCAGUCAGAGGAGAUUGUUGCUGAGUUGGUUUAUAGUUUCCUGAUCCCAGAGGUCCAAAAGGACUUUGUCAAAGAAAAAGUGAGGAACGCACAGCAGAAGCAUAUCCUUGCAGCCCAUCAGAUCAUCCACAGACACACAGAAGCCAUGCUCAAAAAGAAUUUUGUUGAGCAACAGCAAGACGAGGUCUCAGACACUGACCAGUUACUAGAGGAAGAAACUCAAAAUGAGAAAAACAACUAA